UUCAAAGCCGCUUCCGCAUUCGAGGUGGUAAGACAUAUGUCGUUUUUUUCUAUGAGAGCCUGAAAGAAGUAAACAAAAUAAACGGAAAUAUGGAAAUCGACAACGUUAAAGAAAUAACAGACAAGUUAGGGGGAUCUCUGUCUAUAGACACGGGAAAGAUGGACAAAUAUGAAAGAUACAAGCAAGAGGGGAAAGAGGCUGCACUGGGUGGUAAUCUAAAUCGUGCGCUCGAGCUGUUUCAGAAGGCUUACCAACUGCAUCCAAGUGACAAACUAAAAAAACGGGUCCAGGCCAUACAGGAGCUAGUACAAAGAGAAGAUGAGGAAGAGGAAGAAGAAGAAGAAGAUUUUGUGAAUGUAAACGGUUGUGGAUUAAACCUGUAUAAAGGGCUCUAUGACAAACUCUAUGACCAUCAGAAAGAGGGCGUGGCGUUCCUGUACAGCCUUCACAGAGAUGGAAGGAAAGGUGGAAUCCUGGCAGACGACAUGGGCCUUGGCAAGACCAUUCAGGUCAUCUCAUUCUUGUCAGGGAUGUACGAUGCAGAACUGGCCAAUCACACGCUGUUAGUCAUGCCAACCUCGCUUAUAAAGAACUGGGUGCGCGAGUUUGCCAAGUGGACCCCUGGUAUGCGAGUAAAAGAGUUUCACGGUUCCAGCAAAGCUGAGCGUAACAGAAACUUGGAGCGGAUCCAGCGCAGAGGUGGAGUCGCUAUUACCACCUACCAGAUGCUCAUCAACAAUUACGAGCAACUUGGAACAUACGAAAACCGUGAGUUCCGCUGGGACUACGUCAUCCUGGAUGAGGCACACAAAAUCAAAACAUCAUCCACUAAAACUGCUAAAAGCGCUCACGCUAUCCCGGCACGACACCGGGUGCUGCUGACCGGUACUCCGGUUCAGAACAACCUUCGAGAGAUGUGGGCGCUGUUUGACUUUGCCUGCCAGGGGUCACUGCUGGGAACCUCCAAAACGUUCAAAACCGAGUAUGAGAACCCGAUCACACGUGCACGAGAGAAAGAUGCCACGCCUGGAGAGAAAGCUCUUGGAUUGAGGAUCUCUCAAAACUUAAUGGACAUCAUCAAACCCUAUUUCCUUAGAAGGACAAAAGCAGAUGUUCAGGACAAAAAGGACAAACGUUCCGAUGAUGGUGACCAGGAUAAGGAGGAUCAAGAGAACAAAUGUCCAAACGCUGAUGGAGGCGCAGAAAUGCCAUCGCUGACACGAAAAAACGACCUCAUAGUGUGGACGUACCUGAGCUCAGUUCAGGAAGACAUUUAUAACCAGUUCCUCUCACUGGACCGAAUUAAGGAGCUGCUGAUGACUACAAGGUCCCCACUUGCUGAGCUCACAGUGCUAAAAAAGCUCUGCGACCAUCCCAGACUCCUCUCUGCUCGAGCUGUAACUCAGCUAGGCCUUGAGCAGGGUUGUGACUCCAACGAUCCAGAUGAUGAAAGCGAGUCUGCAGUGAGUCAGAUUGAUCGUAUUUCAGAUGAGACUUUGAUUGGCGAGUCAGGAAAGCUGCUGUUUCUGGUGUCUCUAAUGGAAUGUCUCCGUGAGGAGGGGCAUCGUACGCUGAUCUUCUCCCAGUCCAGGAAGAUGCUGGACAUCAUGGAGCGUGUCCUGCGCAACAGAGGCUUUCGUUUGCUGCGAUUGGAUGGCACUGUGACACACCUAGCAGAGAGGGAGAAACGUAUAACGCUGUUCCAGACAGACAGACGCUACACCAUCUUUCUCCUGACCACUCAGGUGGGUGGGGUCGGCAUCACGCUGACAGCAGCUAACCGUGUCGUGAUUUUUGACCCGAGCUGGAACCCUGCGACAGAUGCCCAAGCCGUGGACCGCGCCUACCGCAUUGGCCAAACCGAAAAUGUCAUCAUCUACCGUCUCAUCACCUGUGGCACUGUGGAGGAGAAGAUUUACCGCAGACAGGUGUUUAAAGACUCUCUCAUACGGCAGACCACCGGCGAUAAGAAGAACCCCUUCCGUUACUUCAGCAAGCAAGAGCUGCGAGAACUCUUUACACUCCAGGACACACGCUCGUCAUCCACCCAGCAGCAACUUCAGGCCAUGCACUCGCAUCAUCGUCGCUCCGACACCAAACUAGACCACCACAUAGCUCAGCUUUACGCUAUGGAGAUGUUUGGCAUCUCCGAUCACGACCUCAUGUUUACUAAAGAAGCAGCGGCCGAUGAAGAUGACCCUGAGAACGCAGAGUCACACGAAUACAUACAAACACGUGUCCAGAAAGCCCAAGAGCUUAUGCAGGCAGAAUCAGAACUGCACGGACAGCUGAUGGACAGCGUUGCCCAGAACACUGAGCCCGCUUGGCUUAGGCAAUCAGGGCAGCGUGGCAUACAGACGUCUGCCGGUAGAGACCGGCCAGCCCCUCCCCGUCCCAAAUACGAGCCGGUCACAGUAGAUCUGACUCAUUACAGUAUAGAUGAGCCAGAGUUUGAGGAGGAAGAGGUGCUGGACUCUCAGUCUGGUGAGGAAGUACAGGUUGUAGGUGAAGACGAAGAGGAAGAUGUAUCUCCUUGGUCAGCUGGAGAAAAGAACUCGUCUGCUAUGAAGACAGAUGUUACUAAUGACAGCCAACCUGUGAUCUUGCUAGAUGACGAGUAUGACAACAAUACAGCAUCUGAGCACCAAAACUCUGGACAUGGCUUGUCAAAUCACUCUCACCAGUUUUCCAAGCUCGAAGAAGUUUCGGUAGUGUCUGAUCCACUUGAUAACGACUCAGAGAAAGACCUUUCUGUAGUGUCUGAUCCACAUGAUACUGAAAAAGACCUUUCUGAAGUGUCUGAUCCACAUGACAAUGAAAAAGACCUUUCUGUAGUGACUGAUCCACAUGAUACUGAUAAAGACAUUUCUGAAGUGUCUGAUCCACUUGACACUGACAAAGCUCAGACCGAAGCUCCCCAUUCAAUAGUGCUUUCAUCACCCCCAUCUCCAGUGGAUUCUCCUAAAACAGGAGUGGAGUUGCUUCAAGGAAACUUCAACCUGCAGCUUGAGGACAGCGCAGAUAUGUUUUCAGCUGAGGAUGAAGCAGGUAAUGAGGAGGAAGAGUCUGUGGCAGAUGACAGUCCUGGGUUUCAGCUUCAGAUGGAUGUCAGUGGAGAACGACUGGGAGAACCAAGCAUCCACAACAGCAGAAGAAUCAGCCACUAUAAUGACAGCAAUGUCAGCAAGCAUAAAUCUCCUGUAAGGCAGCAUUCUGCUUUGGGCACACCAGCAGAUGAAUCAAUCCUGCAUUCUGUUCGGAGACGAAAAAAGAUACAGAUCAUCUCAGACAGUGAAGAAGAAGAAGAUGGGGAAGAGGAGGAAUUGGAAAAGCCAUGUUUAUUUAGCAGCCCCUUGAUUGAUGGCCACAGCAAGCUGGGCUCCUCCACACCAAAAUCCGCUGUGACCGACAGCACACGACUCAGGCGCAGCUUGAAUGCUUCAGUGGCAUCGAGAAGGUCUUUCGUUAUGUCUGUGUUAGACAACGAGUCCGACGAGGAAUCGGCAGAGCGUAGCGAAGGAGAAAAUGAGUCCUAUCAGAUAUCUGAAGCCAGUGAAACUCACGCAGAUGAAUCUGUGAUGGAAGAGGAGGAGCCGAGUGGACUGACUCUAAACUCAGAUGAGUGUGAUGAGGAGGCGGAACCUGAAGAGAGCUUGGAGACAACAGAAGAGAAUCAGGAAGAAUCCACUGCGGAUGUUGAAUUAGAGUCAAAUGAAAUGAUGGAUCAGUGUGCUCCAAAACCAAAUGCUCUUUCUGUUGAAACCAUCAGCAUUGAUGCUCCUGCGAAGGCCCCUGAAAAUACAUACGAGUCUCUGGUGCUUUCCGGGAAACGUUGUUUGGCGGAUGGUAGGAAGCAAGAAGCUCUGGAUUACUUUUUGAAGGCAAUUGACCUAAAUAUAGGUGAUGCUGAGAUUCAACUCCUGAUUAUUCAGUUGUACAGACAACUCAGUCAACCGGGACAAUAAAACAAACAUGCAAUCUUGACAUUUUUGUAAUGUAUAGAAACUUUAAUUUUGGUCUUUCUUUCUCCCUCUCUGUGUCGCACUUGUUCACCUGUUGACAUGAAAAGAAUGGACGCUAGCUAAAUGACAUAACCAGUCAAAAGCAAAAUAUUGUAUUUGUUAAUACACGGUAUUUUUCUCUUUGUUUAUUUUCACUUAAUUUGUAUUCUACUCCGUUGUUUAAGAUAUUGUUCCAUUUGUCAAGUUCAGAUCCACAAUAUAUAUCGUGGAGAAAAAUAAAUUGACAAAAAGGUUUCAUAUUUUG